AUUUGAUCUUUUGUAAUUAAGACUCAAUAAGUCUAAAGUUGGGGCAAUUCUAUUUUAAAGGGAGUUGUAACUAAAGUUUGAAGGAAUUGCCAGAACAAGCCAUGGAGGACCUUUCCGAUUCCGGUGGCGGCAGUUCAGCACAUCUAGGGCCAGUGGUACAAGUGACUGAGGUUCGCUUACCACUAGUACCCUGCCCUAUGCGCUUGGUGGAGUGGAAAGUAAAACCUGGAGCAUUGGUUAACGUUGAUUCUGUUGUCGCAGUAUGUGUAGCGAUUCCCACGAAGUCAGAGUCUGGAUCAGAAGAACGAGGCCGAACAAAAAAUCUACCUGAGAGGAAGGUAAAAUCAGACCGAGCUGGAGUUGUGAGAGAACUGUGUUACGAGCUCGGGCAGAUCAUAUCUUCUGGAGAUGUUAUUGCAAAAAUAGAAGAAUGCAGUCAUCCCAUAGUAAUGAAGGGUCUGUGUGCUGAAUGUGGUCUGGAUUUAACUCAGCUACAGAGCAGAAAUGGAAAGCAGCAGGUACCUGUCUCUACAGCAAUGGUUUCCAUUGUACACAGUGUUCCUGAGUUAAUGGUCAGCUCAGAGCAGGCGGAGCAGCUUGGCAGGGAAGACCAGAAGAGGCUCCACAGAAAUAGGAAGUUAGUGCUCAUGGUGGAUCUCGACCAGACUUUAAUUCACACCACAGAACAACACUGCCAACGCUUGUCAAGCAAAGGAAUCUUCCAUUUUCGAUUGGGAAGGGGUGAGCCCAUGCUGCACACACGUCUUAGACCGUAUUGCAAAGAGUUUUUGGAGAAGAUUUCCAAGAUGUAUGAACUGCAUGUCUUCACACUUGGAAGUCGCCUUUAUGCACAUACUAUUGCAGGUUUUUUGGAUCCAGAAAAGAAACUUUUUUCACACAGGAUUCUUUCAAGAGAUGAGUGCAUUGACCCAUUCUCUAAAACAGGAAAUCUAAGAAAUUUGUUUCCUUGUGGUGAUUCCAUGGUGUGCAUCAUUGACGAUAGAGAAGAUGUUUGGAAGUUUGCUCCUAACCUUGUAACAGUGAAAAAAUAUGUCUACUUCAAGGGAACAGGUGACAUUAAUGCCCCACCUGGAUCACCAGAGGUGCAAAUGGCCAAAAAAACUACAGGUAACUUUUCUAGCCAACCUGUAGAGAGCUCAGACUCAUCCAAAACAUUGGGACACGACGAGAAGCACAGUUCUGGUAAACCAGGAUUUCAAGCUAUUGAAAAUGAAGAACAGCUCUCAAAAACUAGAACGCUCAAACAAACAAAAUUAGAUAAGCACGACUGCAGUAUAAAAUCAGUUGAAGGAAAUGAAACAGAAGAAGCUCUGUUUAAUAAAAAGGAGAGUCUUUCUGACCUUGAUAACAGCUGUGCUGACAAGAAAGAAGCAGAGACUGAGUCUCAAAAUAGUGAAAAUUCAGGUGUCAAUAUGGGGGAGGAGUCUUUAGAUCACAGUAUGGUUGAUGAGGAAGAGGAAAAUGACACUGACCAGGAUGAUCAUUUAAUUUACCUUGAAGAGAUCUUGACACGUAUUCACAAAGAAUAUUUUUUGCGCUACGAGUCCUACAUCCAAGGGGAAUGUACUGAGGUGCCAGACAUUCGAAAAAUUGUCCCGGAGUUAAAGAGCAAGACCUUGUCAGGCACCACCAUUGUGUUCAGUGGUUUAUACCCCACAAACUAUCCCAUGGAGCGAACACGAGAGAGUUACCAUGCCAAGACACUGGGUGCCAUUAUUGGUAAGAGUCUGGUCCUGGAUGCCAAAGAUCCCUCCUGCACCACCCAUCUUAUUGCUGCACGUGCAGGAACAGAGAAGGUCCGGCAAGCCCAGGCCUGUAAGCAUCUGCAUGUGGUGAAUCCAGAUUGGCUGUGGGAAUGUUUGGAGCGUUGGGAAAGAGUAGAAGAGAAGCUGUUUCCACUUAAAGAGAGCUACAACAAAUCACAGAGAAGUAACAGCCCAAUAGCAUUUCCUGAUGUUCAAGAAAUCUUCCCAGCACCAGUGAUGCAUCCUGUUCUCAUUCAGAGCAAAGUUUCUAGAACCCCAGAAGUGCGCACGUAUGAUGCUGUAACUGGAAAAUUGAUUCGCCGAACCGCCCAUCAUCUUUCCUGCAAACAGCCUCAAAGCACACCUGUGACACACUCCAGGCAUGAAGAACAUUUCAAUUUAAGGCAUUCAGGUUCACAGCAGCAAGGCAACUUAAACAGCUCAGGUCCAGAAGAUGAGCAGCCUGGAUUAUCACGCAGGAAGAGGCAGCCAAGUAUGUCUGAAACGCUGCCGCUCUACACACUCUGCAAGGAGGACCUUGACAGUAUGGACAAAGAGGUGAAUGACAUUCUUGGAGAGGAAAGUGAUAAUGAAAGUGACGAAAAAGGACACGAUGUAAGAGUCAGGGGAGAAGAUGAAGAUCAGUCAAAUAUAAGCAGCGUGAUUACUAUUCCAGGGGAUCACCAGCAGGCCCUGGGUACAUUCGUCGAGGACACACGGCUAACACUAUUUAGUGAUGACAUCAGUCUGACUGAGAAAAUGCCAAGGGGGCACAAAAGGAAACUACAGGAAGCGAAAAAGGACGAAGAUGUUGAUGACAAUGAUGUACAGUUGACUAGUCAGCACAGUAAGGAUUCUAAUGAGGAUGAGGGUAGUAGCUCAGAAGCAGAUGAGAUGGCUGCUGCCCUGGAGGCAGAAUUAAACGACUUUAUGUGACCUCAUGUAAAGGAUAAAAAUAAUUUGACCUAUGGUUCUAUCUUGUAAGUUGAUUUCACUUUUCUCACUGUGUGGUGUAUAAAUAAAUAUUUGUGUAUAGUUGUACAACAUUGUUGUGUAUAGACAGUGCUAUGGGAGUUGGGGAAAGCAAGCUGUUGAAGUUUUACUGUAAAAUCCUGUUUAGGAAAUUGUUAAAUUGUUUUUGUUUUAUUUUUAUUAUACAAGUUUUAUACAAUUGUAUAAAAUCAAAUAAAGUGAUUUGUCUUAAAGGCCAAA